AGUACGCGUCUUCUAUCAGACGACGCGCGGCAUCCUGCGUGCGUUGGGUAUCUGCCCCUGCUCCUCUUGUUUUCUUCUGCUGCUUGCGUCACACCCCUGAAUAGGUAUUGCGCUUAUAUACAUAUAAGACAAGAAGUUAUCACACCUGCACCGAACUCAUUUAGCUUCUCCUCUUGUUGUUGAACGGCCCGCAGCCCAACAGCGACAGCAACGGCCAUGUCCAGCACGGCCACCGCGGAGUCUGCGGGGUCCCCUCCCAAGGCCCCGGCGCCAGCUGUGGCGCUCCCGUCCACAAUCCCCUGCGGCGGCGACUCGCGACGCAUUCUCGUACUCUAUGUGGGUGGCACCAUCGGCAUGAUGAAAAACGCCGAGGGCGCCCUCGAGUGCGUCGCGGGUUACCUCACCCAGCAAAUGCACGAGAUGCGCGAGCUGCGCGAGAGUGCUGAGAUUGCGCCCUUCGACAUCAUCGAGUACGCGGAGCUGCUGGACAGCAGUGACAUGAACGCGGCGGACUACUGCCGAAUUGCGGCCGACGUGGCGGGUCACUACGACGAGUACGACGGCUUCUUAGUUGCCCACGGCACCGACACGAUGCAUUACACGGCGAGCGCCCUCUCCUUCAUGCUGCACAACUUAGACAAGCCGGUGAUCGUGACUGGCGCCAUGGUGCCCCUGGCGGAGCCGUACAACGAUGCCCGCCGCAACGUGAUCAUCAGCAUGAUGAUCGCCUCCGAUCCGAAGGUGUGCGAGGUGUGUGUGUUCUUCAACGACAGCCUGUUCCGCGGCAACCGAUGCAGCAAGGUCUACCACACCUACGGCGCCUUCACCUCUGCCAACUACCCUCCCUUAGGCACGAUGGAGGCAACCCACUUUGUACUGAAGGAGGAAUACCUGCUGCCGCAGCCGAAUGGAUCGAUGAAGGUGAUGUCCGACCUGCGGGGCCGCGUCGGCUGCUACCCGCUCGACCCCGACGCCGACGUCGACACGAUCGUCGCGCUGCUCGAGCACAAGCGGCCGCCCACUACGGCGGAUGGGGAGGACGGCGCACAGGCCCCGCUGCUCGAUGCAAUCCUCCUCACGCUCAACGGCGUCGGCAGCGCCACCGGCACCGUCGCGGCGCAGCUGCGGCGCAUCGUGAAGACGGCACAGAAGCACAGCAUCGUCGUCUGCGCCGUCACACGCGAGAUCAGUGGGACGCUGAAUGCGCUGGAGGUGCAGCGGCUGCGGGCGAUUUCGCCGUACAUCGUGUAUCUGAACGACAUGUGCAUCUCUGCGGCGGAGGUGAAGCUGAUGUACCUUUUCGGCAAGAACCUGCCGCCGUCGCAGGUAGCGGCGCUCAUGCCGAUGAACCUGCGAGGCGAGAUCACGCCGCUGCUGGUGGGGGCUGCGAAGCUGUAG